AUGACAACAACGGUGGUGCGACUGGCAGCUGAAGUGGCGGCAGGCAAACAGCUUCCUGCCUCACUUACCAUCAAAACCAAUCGGCGGUACGGAGCCAGUCAGAGCCACUUUGUUGCUCAAAAUCAGCACCAUUCGUACGCGGUGACCGCCAACAGCAACACAAUUAGCAAUAGGCCAGUGCGUAUACGCAGUGUGGCUACAUCGGUGAUUGUGGCGCCAAUUUCAUCCGUACCCACCAAUGCUGAGGGAGCCGAGGAAGAAGGUAUGGAGACAGACGAUCAGGAGGAACCCGAUGCGGAAGAAGAGGAGGAGGAACAGGAGAUGGAACAGGAGGAGCUGGAGGAGGAGGAGGAGGAGCAGGUGGCCGCCGCAAACGGGUUGCUAGCCUGGAGCCGAGCAGCCGCCAGCCAACAUCAGCAGCAACAGCAGGCUGUCCAGGCCGUACUAAUGCAGGGCUAAACACCUGCGAACUGCGAUACUCCGAACCCACUGAACCACUCAAACCACUGACCCACCAUCGCCAGAGAUCGCCCCCGUAAUCCUUCUGCUGGACUGGACUGCUGGGACAAAUAGUUGCUGCCUGCCGCAGGACAAAUCGCCAAUGCUAAAUGCAUUGUGCGAAAUGCAAACGAAAAAUGGUCUCUUCUUAUUUACUCUGCAUUGAAAUGUGCACCUUAAACACGUAACGGUAUCUCUUUUGUUGUUGUGCUGGUGUUGCCAACUGCCGUGCAAAAUGUUAGCAACAUUGCAAAGCUUGCUAGUUGCAACACAAUGCACCCGGGCAACAUUUGCAAUAUACAAUAAUUUUAUUUUAUAUCAUACAUAUAUUAUAUACAUAUUUAUUUCUAAAACGACUUUGUUAAUUCUUAUGUUAAUACAUUGAAGCAGCAGCAGCAACAGAUGGCAGUUUUUUACAAACAAAAACCUUAUGUAUAUGCCAGCUGUUAUACAAUACAAUAUACAUAUACUUAUAAAACAUUACAAAAAAAUGCAAAAGAAAAAACAGAAAAAAAUAAUUCAAACAUAAACAAGAAAACAAAACAAAACAAAACCAACAACAACAACAAAACAAUAUUUAAAGCAAAUAUACAUUUGAUUUUUUUUAGUUUGUAAGAACUCUAGUAAAUUUUUUUAUAGUAUUAAGUGCAAUUUCUGUUCUACUUCUCGCUCUAAACAAAGAAAAAAGCAAAAACCAAGCUAAACGAACUCAAAACAAAGCAAAUCAAAAUGAAACUAUUAAGCAGAAUAUUCAAAACAGUAAGGAAGGUAGACAAAAAACAAAAAACAAAAAUAAAACCUAAAGAUAUGCAUCUUAAAAUAUUCAAGGCGUUGCAUCUGCACAUUAUAUAGGCAUAAAUACAAAACUAAAUAGUUAAAUUACUUGCAUAAUCCAUGUGUAAUUCAAAUCCAGAAAAAAAACCGUUUAAUUACAAGUUGUAUGUGUGUGUUAAAGCGCUAAGAGUUAAGUAUUAAUCGACUUCAUGCAUACGAGCGGCAAUAGUUGGACACACAGUUAAAUAUUCUAGUUGAUUAAGCACCACCCAUCCACCACAACCACCACCACCACCCACACCCUAAGCCCACACAGUCCACAGCCCUCCCAGAAACUCUCAAUCAUCUCUAUAGAACAAUUAUCCUUAUCCCAAAUCCAAGCCCAAUCCAAAACACGCUAAUGUAACAUAUAGAAAUACGGAGCAACUUAAACUUAAAUGUAGUGAAUUUUAAAACCAAGCAAGCAAACAAACAGACAGGUCGACAGACAUACAGACAGCAGUAAAAUAUCCACGAGAUACUAGAUCAGAUCUUAUUAACUAAACAAACAAAAAGAAACCGUCAUUAUUUCUAUUGGAGCCAGAAGGAAAACACUUUUCAAUCAUGUUCAAAUUUUUAAUACAUUGUUAAGUUGAUAUUUUCUAAAAAACAAACACACACAAAAACGAAAAAUGAGCAAAAUUCGUCUAUUAAUUAAUUUGUAAUGAACUUAUGACUAAAAUCUAAGAUUUAAAGGCAAAACAAAAAACUUUUUGCGUUGUGCAACUGUUGUGAAUUGUUCAAAUUACGGUAUAAACAUAAAAUACAAUGACGUCACAAAUGACCCAGCGAGGUUUGCGAGGAAAGAUAUAUAUUAUGUAGUAUCGGGAGGAAGCCAGAUAUUGAGAUUGUCGAGCAGGAGCCGAAGCAUUAUCGGGAACUUACGGACGAAGAAAAGAAAAUACACAAGGAAUUCUUAACCAAAUUGGAAGUACAAACUAAAGUCUAGAAUAUGUAUAUAUAUAACCAAUACACAGAUAAAGAAAAAAAAAACGAAAAAAGAAAAGUGAAAGUGAAUAAAAGAAAGCGAAGUGCAAUGGGAUAAAGAAUCCAAGUCGAAACCGAAUCGCGACGGUAGGAAGUUAUAAGGGAAAAAUCGAGGAAAGAUCGGGAAACUUGAGCUUAAGCGGCAAGAGCUUUAAUGUUUUUGAAAAUUGAUACAAAAAAAAGUUGAGGAAAGUUAAAGGAUACGGAAACGUUAUGGAAAGGCGGGAGAUUUGAAAAAAAAAAAAAGAAAACCGUUAAAGGGAGAUGCGAUGGAGACACGCAAGCGAAAAUUUCAUUGAAAUUGUUUGCCGUGAUUUGAAUGAAAUUCAUAAUGGUGGCCAUUUUGUGUAAUGCGAAAAAGUUUAACAACAUUUUUUACACUUGUAUUUCGUUUUUAUUAACUAUAAGUUUAAUCCAACCCACAACAACAACAACGUUUGUAACUACACGUAUAAAAAAACAAAGGAGAAAAGAAACAAAACAAAAUAUAAAGCUUGAAGAAAUAUGAAAUUGAAAACGGAGUUAAUGCAAAAUCAUUUUGCUUAUUUUUGUCUGUCGCCCGUCGCGGCAUCUAUUCUUUAUUACGAUUAUGAUUACGAGUAUGAUUAUUGUCAUCAUUAUUAUUGUUUUUCUUGCUAAUUUUCGUGCACCACAAAAAAAAAAAAAACAAAUACAACACACACUCACACAAAAAACACACACCACGCAUACGUAGUUAAGUGUGUACACUCGAUCUAUUUCGUUGCGUUCUGGAAAUUAUUUAAACUUAAGUGAUAUUUUUAAAAACAAAACAACAAAAAACAAA